UGUCACAAUAACAAAUCUAAUGUCGACUAGUAAUAAAAUGAUGAAAGCCGUUAAUGUAACGAAAAAAAAUAUAAAAACGAUAACGGUAAUAGGAGGUGGACGAAUCGGUUCCGGUUUAGUACAAAUAGCCGCACAAAAUGCACAAAAAGUUAUUUUGGUUGAAACGAAUCAAGAAUUAUUGAAAAAAUCCGCCGAAAAAAUAAUCGAAAAUCUAACGGAAUACGCCAGAGAAAUGUACAAAGACAAGGCAGACGUUAAAAAAUAUAUAGAAAAUACUAUGGAGUUUGUUACAGGUACGACAAAUCCGAAAAGAGCCGUGAGGGAAACAGAUUUAGUUAUAGAAGCUAUACACGAAGAUUUCGACGAAAAACGAAAUUUAUUCAAACUAAUAGACAAAUCGGCUCCGGAAGAUACGAUAUUCGCUACGACUACGAAUUCGUUAACGAUAGGCGGUUUCGCGCAAAAAUCGACUAGAGUUGAAAGAUUCGUCGGGAUUCAUUUCUUCUAUCCGGUACCAGAAACUAAAUUGGUGGAAAUUAUUAAAGUUUCGAUUACCAAUAAAAAUAUUGUGGACGCUAUCAGUGCGUGGUGUAAAAAUAUCGGAAAGAUACCGGUAAUAUGUAACGAUUCGGCCGGUUUUAUAGUGAACAGACUUCUUCUUUCUUAUAUAACGGAAGCCAUUAGAAUGAUGGAGAGAGCGGAUGCGUCGGCGAACGACAUAGACACGGCUAUGAAGUUAGCUACAGGUAGUCCGAUCGGACCUAUUCAAUUAGCUGAUUACAUGGGACACGACAAUAUAUUGAAACUAAUCGAAAAUUGGAGGUCGAGGGAACCGGAAAAUCGACUUUUCGCGCCGUGCGCAUCGCAAAAAUAUUUAGUACAACGCGGUAUGUUGGGCGUUAAAAGCGGUCAAGGUUAUUACAAAUAUAACGAUUUAAAAUAUUGGGUGACCACAUUUUCGCACAGAUUCAAAAAUAAAAGUGAUUGGUUGAGGCAGUAUCAGAUAUGGAAAAGGGCCGCGGAAAAACGGCGCGCCAACAAUUAAUUUUUAUUGUACUUAAUGCGCGAUAAGAAAAAAAUGUUUCAUCAUUCAAUAAAUCGACAUGUGAUUACGUCAAAUGUCAACAAUUUAAUGUCAAAUGUCAUGUCAAACUUACGUCAAAUGCUAUGUCUAAAUUACGUCAAAUGUCAUGUCAAUUGAUAUAAAAUGUCUUUAAUUUAAUGUCAAAUUUAAAAUGAAAUGUCAUCUCAAGUUUACACCAAAUGCCAUGUCAAUGUAAAGAAAAUGUCAUCAAUUUACUGACAAAUUUACGUUCAAUGUCACUUCUACGUUACGUCACAAAUCAUGUCAAAAUAAUGUAAAAUGGCAUGUAAAUUGAUAUGAAAUGUCAUCAAUUUAAUGUCAAAUUUAUAUUAAAUGUCAUUUCACGUUUAAGUCAAAUGUCAUGUAAAGUUUACGUCAAAUGUCAUCUUAAGUUUACAAUGUCAAAUAGCAUGUCAAUUGAUAUAAAAUGUCAUCAAUUUAAUGUCAAAUUUAUGUUAAAUGUCAUUUCAAGUUUACGUCAAAUGUCAUGUAAAGUUUACGUCAAAUGUCAUCUCAAGUUUACAAUGUCAAAUGUCAUCUCAAGUUUACAAUGUCAAAUGUCAUGUCAAAUUAACGUCAAAUAGCAUGUCAAUUGAUAUAAAAUGUCAUCAAUUUAAUGUCAAAUUUAUGUUAAAUGUCAUUUCAAGUUCACGUCAAAUGUCAUGUAAAGUUUACGUCAAAUGUCAUCUCAAGUUUACAAUGUCAAAUGUCAUCUCAAGUUUACAAUGUCAAAUGUCAUGUCAAUUGAUAUAAAAUGUCAUCAAUUUAAUGUCAAAUUUAUGUUAAAUAUCAUUUCAAGUUUACGACAAAUGUCAUCUCAAGUUUACAAUAUCAAAUGUCAUGUCAAAUUAACGUCAAAUAGCAUGUCAAUUGAUAUUAAAUGUCAUCAAUUUAAUGUUAAAUGUCAUUUCAAGUUUCCGUCAAAUGUCAUGUAAAGUUUACGUCAAAUAGCACGUAAAUUAAUAUAAAAUGUCAUCAAUUUAAUGUCAAAUUUAUGUUAAAUGUCAUCUCAAGUUUACGUCAAAUAUCAUGUUUAUGUCUUAUAUGAAAUUAUACAAAUGUAAGUGAAAUUUGACAUUUGACGUGAUGAUUAUCGAAAUUCACAUAUAUAUUUCUUAUUUUGAGAAUUUUAUUUAAAUCGUGAAAAAAAUUGUCAUUAAUAGCGUACCUGAAAUUGAAAAAAAAACAAAAAAUUUGUCUGUGAAAUAUACUUACUUCGAAUUUAUUAA